UAUACAUAAGUACAUAUGUAUUAGAGCUCUUGAAAUUGUUCGAAUAAUUCGAUUAUUCGAAUAUUCGAACGUUCGAAUGGCAAUUGUUUGUACGAUUGGAAAUCGAAUGUUACUAUUCGAAUAGUUGAUUCUCUUCGAUUAUUCGAAUAGUCGCAAAGCUACGAUUAUUCGAAUAACUUCUUAAAAUCGAAUAUUCGAUCGUUGUAAUAAGUGUUAUUUGUUAAAAAAAAAAAUAAGAAUUUAUAAAUUUUGUGUGUUUUUGUGAACAUGAGUGCAAGAAAACAAAGUUGGGUGUGGAGUUUUUUUACGAAGUGCAGUGAUGGUAAGCAAGUUACCUGCUCCAUUUGUGGAGCAGUCCUUAGUUUCCACUACUCCACUUCCUCGCUAAGCACUCACUUGAAACAAGUCCAUAAGAAGGAACCGAUUCGUGGUGGUGGCAUGUAAGUACAAAUAAAGAAAAAUAUAAGUUAUAAGUAAAAUAUAGAGCACAAGCUUGUUACACAUAUGUAGAACACCGGACACGAAUAUCGAUGCAACAAGUGGUGAAUGCGUUGAAACGCAGGCGAGCACCUCGGGUGGCCGUAAGAGAAAAAAGCACGACACCGUUCAUGACUGCACAUUUGAACGUCAGGAAUUGAUAUCUCGUGGAGUGGCACGCCUAAUCGCAAGUAACAUGUUACCAAUCUCCUUCCUUUCCUCUGAAGGCUUUCGCGACUUUAUGAAGUUAUUGGAACCAGGAUACAAAGUUCCCUCUCAACAAAGUAUACUCUCACGCUUACAAUUGUUUUAUAAUGACGUAAGAGAAAAAAUUGCAAACGAUUUGGCGGAGGUAGAAAGCGCAUCAAUUUCAGUGGACGAAUGGACAUCAAGAACUCAAGAUUGUUAUUUAUCAGUCGAAGCCCAGUAUAUUGACAAAAAUAGUGAAUUGUGCAAAGUUACACUUUGUAACGAGCAACUAGAAGGUAAAUCUAUUAAAAUAACUACCUUGUAUGUAGAUAUAUAAAAUAAACACAUACACUCAUACAUACAUGCAUAAUUUGUGUUUUAAUUUUAAGACAUGUCAAUUGUUUAAAUAAUUUGUAUUUAUAGACCGACCAAAUGCUGAAAACAUUGCAUCCGCAAUAGAAGUAGUUUUAGCCGAUUGGAACAUUUCCGACAAAACGCAAGCGAUAACGCACGACAGUGCAUCAGUCAUGAAUGCAGCAGCGCAACAACUUUUUAAUAUAGGGGACAGCAUCAAGUGCAGCGCUCACCUUUUGCAGCUUGUGACGCAUUAGCAGCUGUACCUGAUUACGAUAAAAUUUGCAAAAAAGGACGAAAUUUAACAGCACAUUUUCAUCGCUCAAAUAUUGCCAUAACUGCACUAGUAAACCGCCAAGUACAGUUGGGGAUAAAGGAAAAUCGACUCAUACAAUGCUGCGAAACACGUUGGAACUCCAAAUAUUACAUGUGUGAGAGGCUGCUUUUGAAUCGAAAUGCAAUCUGCCUAGUUUUAUCAGAUAAAACCGUUACAAAAACUUGCGAUGCGCUGAGGCUAGAAAUGCAAGAGAAGGAGUGGGGUGAAAUGCAGAACUUGGUUGACAUUUUGAAACCUUUUGAUAAAGCGACUGCAGUGCUAUGUGGUGGCAAAAAUGUGACAUUGUCUUUAGUGCGACCUUUAAUACACCGUCUUAUUAAAAACCACAUGGCCGCAUCGUCGGAAGAUGAUGCAAAUAAAUAUAUAUUCAAAGAAACUGCACGUAAUUCCCUUUUUGAAAGGUUCAAUAUGGGUUGUGUUUUAGAAAAAGUUUCAGCUCCAAUAAUUUCCUCAUUUUUAGACCCCAGAUAUAAGAACCUUAAUGAUGAAGAUUCGCAAACAAAACACAAGGUUUAUGACUUUAUCAGAAGCCAACUUCAAGUAAGCAAUGUCAUUAACCAAGAAACAGACAGCGUAGUACAUACCGACUUGGAUUUUUUGUUUGAUGGUGAAAUCCCAACAAAUAAUGUUAUGUCACAAAUCGACUCUUAUUUGGCUGAACCUCAGAUCGGCCACAACAUUCAUCCCCUAACAUGGUGGAAAAAUCACCGUGCUAUUUAUCCGGAACUUUUCAAAUUAACCGCAAGAUAUUUGUGCAUACCAGCUACAUCGGCAGAGUCCGAACGCACUUUUUCAAUUGCUGGGAAUAUUGUCACGCCACGUAGAAGUUGUUUGUCACCGCAAAAUGUUAGCCUUCUUACAUUCCUGUAUAAUAAUAAGCGUUUCUUCACAGAUAUGUGUCCAUUUUAAUAACUUAAUUAUUCCUCUUAGAAGGUAAAAUGCAUUUUAUGUGA